CAAAUACAUUAUGUACCUACUUAUAUUGCUCUAUCACAGGGGUGGGCAACUGUGGCCCUCCAGCUGUUGUAGAACUACAAGUCCCAUGAGGCAUUGCAAAACUGACAGUUACAAGUAUGACUCCCAAAGACAGAGGCAUGAUAGGACUUGUAGUUCACCAACAGCUGGAGGGCCACAGUUGCCCACCCCUGUUGUAGAACAACAAGUCCCAUGAGGCAUUGCAAAACUGACAGUUACAAGCAUAACUCCCAAAGGCAGAGGCAUGAUGGGACUUGUAGUUCACCAACAGCUGGAGGGCCACAGUUGCCCACCCCUGCUUUAGGG